GUGCAAGAUCUUGCACGAUCCUUGUAAAGUGGAACAGUUCUAACGAUUCAGAAAACUGUACACCUAUUCAAAAUAAAUAACGUUAAAACUGAAUUCUUUUCUGGCUUUUAUCUAUAAGACAAAUUCGUUAUCAGAGAAUAUAGACGUACAUGUUACGAAGUCAUUCCAGAUCAUAACGCAAAGAUGAUCCAGUUAUUGGUUUCCCUGGUGCUGUUAACAGGGAUUUUUGAAAAUGCUUCUGCAUAUCGGAGAGUUUGUUACUAUACAAACUGGUCACAAUACAGAAAUAGCAUAGGAAAGUUCUAUCCUGAAAAUGUGGACCCUACCUUGUGCACGCAUCUCGUCUAUACCUUUGCAAAACUCAAUGGAAACAGGCUGUCACCCUAUGAGUGGAACGACGAGAGUACACCAUGGAUGAAAGGAAUGUAUGAACGCUUUAACGGUCUAAAGCAACGAAACCCAUCCCUGAAGACUUUACUAGCUGUGGGCGGAUGGAACAUGGCGUCUGCUCCAUUCACAAGAAUGGUUGCCACCGACUCCAGCAGGAGAGAGUUUGCCACCUCCACAGUGCAGUUCCUGAAAAAGCACGGGUUUGACGGUCUGGAUAUGGACUGGGAGUACCCCGCCAACAGAGGAAGCCCACCACAAGAUAAACAAAACUUUAUUGAAUUACUGAAGAUUCUUCACAACACCUUUGCCAGCCAAGGACUUCUACUAACGGCUGCUGUUCCUGCCGGAAAACCUAGAAUAGAUACAGGAUAUGAUGUACCUACCAUGUCUAGAUAUGUGGACCAGAUCAAUUUGAUGACCUACGAUUUCCAUGGCGGUAGUUUCGAUAGUAAAACUGGCCAUAACAGUCCACUAAAGGGUCACCCACAGGAAACCGGAAAUGACGCCUAUUUUAAUGUCGAAUGGGCAUUAAAUUACUGGCUCCAAAAAGGGGCCCCAGCAGCAAAAAUUAACCUCGGAAUGCCCUUAUAUGGCCGCUCGUUCACUCUGGCCAGCACCAGCAACUCCGGGCUCUUUGCUCCUGACAGAGGUGCCGGAGGUCAGGCGGGACCUUACACUGGGGAGGCGGGAUUUAUAGCCUAUUACGAGGUAUGUGACAUGCUGAAAUCAGGCGGCGUGAGACACUGGAUUACGGAAAUGGAGGUUCCUUAUGUAGUUCGGGGAGAUCAGUGGGUGGGGUAUGAUGACGAACAGAGUCUCCGAUACAAGGUAGACCUCGCCAAAAGCAAAGGAUUGGGAGGAAUUAUGGUGUGGGCCCUAGACCUGGAUGAUUUCACAGGCAGUGGAUGCGGGAAAGGAAAAUAUCCCCUCUUACAUGCCAUCAAUGAUGAACUCAACUCGAACCUGGCUCAAACCACGACACGAAGCCCCAUGACAACAGUCACAACAAGAGCCACAACACACAGAUUGACCACCAGACCAUACCAACCCACAACAUUCAAUCCUAUCACUGCAUCUCCAACACACCACAUUUCUACAAGCCAUUCAUUCAACUGUAACGGAAAAGUGAGUGGAUUCUACGCUGAUCCAACCUCAUGUACUCACUAUUUCAUCUGUGUCGGAAGUAAUAGCUUCGGGGUUGACUGCGCCUCUGGUCUUCACUUCAACGACGCCACCAAAUUCUGUGAUUGGCCUAACAACGCCCACUGUCACCUACAACAGUCGGUUGUGACUACUGCCAAACCAACCCAUGCCCCCGUCGCAACAACGCACCGACCCCAGACUACACGCCCAUUCUAUUACUUUACAACACGACCGACAUCUGCAACCACACCACCUAAAACCAUUCCAAAUUUAGGUGCAAGUGCGAAUGCUUUCUGCCAUAACAGAGCUGACGGUUUGUACAGGGACCCAUCAAAUUGCGGCAUGUUCUACCAGUGUAGCAUGAAUUUUGGAUUCUACGAGCCCUGUCCGCCCGGAUUGGUAUUCCACGAAUCUCUCUCUGAAUGUGACUACGCUUACAAAGUUCCUCAGUGUGUGAAUUACCACUAUCAUCCAUGAAGUAUAAUCAAGUGAUUGUGGGUAGUCGUUUGACUAUUGUUAAUUUUGAAGUGAAACUUCGUAAAUCGCUUUGGUUUGAAAACAAUACACAUAUCAUGUCAAUAAUCAAAAUAAAGGAAUAUUCAUGAA